AUGCAGUACCUCUGUACUUUGUUGCUGCUUCUAGCAGGAUCACUCGGCGUUAAUGCUCAAGAUGGCACCGUCGUCGGCAAUAUUAUAGAUGGGAUAUUUUUCACAAACACCACGACUCCUGCUUCUCAAAUGGCUAGCGGACAAAUCAUGAUGGAAGUGGAGCCUGUGCAAGGCCCACCCAUCGAGCCACUAUCUGAUGAGUGCCCGUGCGACCCAUCGAAUAUUUGGCUUGAUAUUUUCUUUGUUAUCGACUCUUCGUCAGCGAUGACAAGUAGCGGUUUCGAUUGCGUCAGUUUCAAUUCAUUCUUUUUCAGUAUCGGUACACUUGUAAGAUUCAUUACAUAUGGGACUGAUGCCCAAAUGCAUCACAAUCUGAGCUAUUGGCAAUCUACAAACGAUCUGCUGAACAACUUGGACCUCAGAUACCACGGCUCAGUUGGAACAAAUAUUGAAGCUGCCAUUCGUCUGGCAACAGCCAACUUCGACAGUGACAACCAUCGACCAAAUGCGAGAAAAGUAAUCGUCAUUCUCGCAUCGGCAUUCGAGUGA